GAUUCUCAUAAUCUCAUCUACCUUUGUGAUGGGAUAAUAUCCCUCGGGCAUAAUUAAAGAUAUUGGGCCGGUCCACAAGAGAAGCCCGCUAGGGAAUCCUAACCCUAGGUUCCCAUUAUGAUACUAUAUAAGGGGCACAAAUUCAAGAAGAAAGGAGAGCCACCCUCUACAUUCCACACAUAUUGUAUUCUCUCCGUUCAUCAUCUUCUUCUCGAUGGAGCUUCGAGCUCCAUCAAUGGCUAUCACGCCCAUAUGUUGUACAAAUAUACCCCCAAUAUAUAAUAAAACAUCCCCGUUGGCAUGGUACCGCCGAAAAAGGCCCGUGGUUUUCACCGAUUUGGUUUCCACGUCAAAAGUCUAUUGUCUAUAUUCUUGUCGAUAUAUUUUCCAUAUUUUAUACAUAUAUCGUAUAGAGCAAACAAUACACACCCGGGGGGUUUUGGUCUAUCAAAUGGUGCUCUCGUUGAGAGGAGAGAUAAUGCUCAUGGAAUAUCCUCCAUCACAUACGGGUGGAAGCAUGACUCCUCACAAAAAAACACAUCUUCCGUCAGAGCUCUGCGCUGAUUUAUCCGCGGACAGUGGUUACCUUCCUAGGUUUCCUGUUGGGGACUGGAUUUUGCAAGGAUCUAGAGGAGGAGCAGUAGAUUUGGAGAACCUUGCCGGAUUCCACUGUCGAUCGUCUCAUCACUGACUGUCACGGGUCGCCUCACCGGCAAUCGUUUCUGGUCGCCUCUCUGCUGACCGCAGCGGGUCACCUCAUCCUUGACCGCCGCGAGUCGCAGUGUCGUUGACCGCCACGAUCUUCCCUGCUGGUGGCCGGAUCUCCAAUUUCCGUCAGCUUACAGCAUUGGCUGUGGGAUUUUAGGACCACAAUGGAGGUGCAAGUGGAUCCCCUCAAAACUCCAAGGUCGCUUGAAGAGCCGCUGGUCGCCACUGCCACACUACGCCUUCCACGGGUGGUGUGAGUCACUUCGCUGAUGGUCGCUCAUCUUUGACCGUCGUUGGUCGCUCAUUGUUGACCGUCGUUGGUCGCUUCACGGCUGACCGCCGCGGGUCACCUCGUUGCUGACCGUCGCAGAUCGCCAUGCUGCUGACCACCAUGGGUCACCUCACAGCAGUCCGUCCCUGGACGGCUCAUUGUUGAUCGUCGUUGACCACCCUGGUCGCCUCGUGGCAGAACGCUACACUCACCUCACAGAUGACCACCGUGGCUCGCCCUCAAGGCUGAUCGCCGUUGGUCACCUUAUGGAUGACCGCUGCUGAUCAUUGAGCGAGUGCUUGGGUCGCAAGACCUCCGAUCGCUGCCAUUAAUGACCAAAUCUCGCAGAGCUCACCGCCAUUGCAAUGCAACAACUCUGCCGCUGUUAGGACAAGGGCGAGUGGAAUCGGCUAGGCCACUCUCUUGGUGAGGUUUUUGGGCCUCCACAUCCUAGGCAGGUUCUCGCGACUGAAGACCAAUGAGGCGCGAACGGGCUGUUGAUCCAGUUCCCCUUGCUGGUCACCGGACAUGAAUACCGCCAUCAGGAGUGGAAGUUCUAGCCUGACUAUGGCAGCCCUAAAACCACAACAUACACGACUACAGACAAUUGGGAAUGGUCUCUACAACAAUAGACACACUCGGGGGUUCUUGGCGCCACCUGAUGUUUCCAGUGUCUACUCUUGUCCGGAUCUCCUGCUCGUUCUUGAUCAUUAUCAUUGGAAUCACAUGAAGCUUAAUAACUCCUGCAAUUACAUGAAGGAAUUGUGCUCCGCGGCCAGAUCUUGAUCGUCUAUAGCCGGAUUUAAGAUUCGGGGUUGGAGAUUACAUCUAAGUCAGCCCGCAGCCGUUAGAGUAGCCAUCGCCCUGCGGACGCUCUACGGACGGCCGCUGCUCACAUCGUCGCGGACUGCCGCUGGUCACCUCAUCCCUGACCGCUGCGGGUUGCCGUAUAGUUGACCACCACGACCUUCCCUACAGGUGGUCGGAUCUCCAAUUGCUGUCCGAUUACAACACUCACUGUGGGAUUUUAGAACCACGAUGGAGGUGCGAGUGGGUCCUCUCAAAGCUGCGAGGUCACCCGAAGAGCCGCUGCCAGCCGCUGGUCGCCCCUCGCUGACCGCCGCUGGUCGCCUCACCGCAGACCGCCGCUAGUCGCUCCCCGCUGACUGCGGUUGGUCGCCUCACCGCUCAUCGCCGUUGGUAGCCUAACCGCUGUUGGUCGUCUCAUUGCUGACCACCGCGGCUAGCCUCAAAACUGAUCGUCGUUGGUUGCUUUCAGCUGGCCGCCGCAGAUCCUUGAGCCAGCCUCUAGGUUGCAAAACUUCCAAUUGUCACUGUUGAAGAUCAGAUCUUGUAGAGCUCCAUAUAGAUGAUGGUGCCCCUGAACACCGCCGUGGAUCGCAUCGCCCUGCACGCACCUCCGCCGCGGAUCAUUUUCCACCACGAGUUAGAGAAAAACAUCCUUGCCAGCCUCUGCUCCUGCCAAAAGAAGGGUUUAUAACUGGGACUUCAGAGAAUGA